GGCGUCACGCUCGCAAACGGACAAGAAUCCGCGAGCAGCGCUUAUAAGGAGGCCCUGCCCUCCCGUCUCAAAAAAUUCCAUCCCUUCAUCUCUCCAACCUCUAGCUAGCUUGGUUUCCUCCUCCUCCUUGGUGCGAGGCUGCGAAGUUUAGUUAACCCGAUACUCUCUCUCAGCUCAUAGUCAUAGCCUAGCACAAUCUUGCGCGGUUUAUUAGCAAGGGGAGCUAGAGCUAGCUACGGUUUUUGCAGGGGGUCGAUCACUCGCUCGCGCACUCGGUGGAGCACGUGCGUUCGAUCGUGCGCGCCAAUGAUCAUGGCGAACCCGGCGAUGCUGCCGCCCGGCUUCCGGUUCCACCCGACCGACGAGGAGCUGAUCCUCCACUACCUACGCAACCGCGCCGGCUCCGCGCCGUGCCCCGUCGCCAUCAUCGCCGACGUCGACAUCUACAAGUUCGACCCAUGGGACCUCCCAUCCAUGGCCGCGUACGGGGACAAGGAGUGGUACUUCUUCAGCCCCCGGGACCGCAAGUACCCGAACGGGAUCCGGCCGAACCGCUCGGCGGGCUCCGGCUACUGGAAGGCCACCGGCACCGAUAAGCCCAUCCACAGCAGCUCUACCGACGAGAGCGUCGGUGUCAAGAAGGCUCUCGUCUUCUACAAGGGCCGCCCGCCCAAGGGCACUAAGACCGACUGGAUCAUGCACGAAUACCGCCUCGCCGCCGACGCCCACGCCGGCAACACCUACCGCCCCAUGAAGUUCCGCAACGCAUCCAUGAGGCUGGAUGACUGGGUGCUGUGCCGGAUCUACAAGAAGACCAGCCACGUGUCGCCGCUGACGGUGCCGCCGCUCUCCGAGCACGAGCAGGACGAGCCGUGCGGCUUCGAUGAGAACCCCUACGCGGCGUCGAGCGCCGCGAUGCUCGUGCAAGGCGCCACCGGCGUGUUCCCUAUGCAGCGGAUGCCCAGGAUCCCGUCCAUUUCCGAGCUGCUCAACGAGUACUCGCUGGCGCAGCUCUUCGACGACGGCGCAGUCCCGGAGAUGGCACGGCCCGACCAGCGUCAGCACGCCGCUCUCCUCGGCCACCCCGUCGGGAGCCAACUACUGGCCAACAGCAGCAGCAGCAGCAUGUCCGGGCAGCUCCCGCAGAUGGACUCGUCGGCCUCGACGUCGGCGGCUGGCGAUGGCAAUAUCGCCGGGAAGCGCAAGAGAUCAGAAGACAGCGCCGGUGCGCUGACGAGCCAGGCAAAGAAACCGAACGGUUCCUGCUUUGGUGCAACGUUCCAAAUAGGCAACGGACUGCUGGGCCAUCAUAUGCUGCUCCAUUCUAACAUGGGCAUGAACUGAUAGAUAGUUCUCCAAUUACUCAUGCAUGCAGUCUGGAAAUUACACAUGAGAUAAAUUUAUGAUGUGAACAAUGGACUCUGUUACACCAAAUAUAUAUAGGCCUAAAAUAGAUAAAGCAAUGAUUAAGAUAUAGGUAAAUUAAGGGAUUGUACUUGUAGAGUCCAGUGUCAAUUAGGGACACCAUAACUAGUUGAUUGGGUUUGUGGUGUGUAAAUAUAUUUUUUUUCCUACACAGCAUAAUACUACGUAUGUACUCAAGCUUAGUUCUACAUAAAAAGGUAGAUAGGGCUUGAUAAGACCUUGAGAUGGACGACGAACUUGAAGUCGGGAACAGGAGAAUGAUGAUGUUAAGAUCGGACCGGCUUUGUUUAUACCCCAUAAGUAAAACUGUACAAGGAUUCUUCAAUGGCAACAAUUCAUUACGUCA